GGGACCCGCCCUUCUGGGGACGGUGGAUUCUUUUAUCUCCCGGGCGCGCCCCUGCAGGCGGCGAUAGAAGCCGGGACUACAGCUCCCGGCAUUCUACGCCGGGGAGCCGACCCGGUAGUAGCUCUUUUCCGGCGAAGUUUCCCUCUGCCUGCGCUGCUCGCCGCUCGCUGCUCGCUGCUUGGCUCUCCAGGGCGCUCAGGGGCCUGUCUGCGGGAGGUGGGCACUGCCCAGGGUGACAGUGCGGGAGCAUGGCCAUGCACCUGGGCAGGCUGAGCGCGGGCCCCUGCUGGCUCGCGGCGCGGGGCGGCUGCGGGGAGCUGCGCUCUUGGUCCCUGCGCUGCGCGGCCGGACGCUUCUGCCGCCCCCCUGGCACCGCUUGCCCCGAGCAGAGCCGCGGGCUGGGGUACGGCCCUACUGCGGGAGGCGGCCCCCGGCUGAGGACCGGGCUGGCCGCGGGGCUGGCGGGGCUGGCCGGGCUGGCCGCCGCCGCCUUCGGGCACGUGGAGCGGGCGGAGAUGGUGAGCAAGAGCUCGGGGGCGCCGAGCCCCUCGCCGGGGAGGCCGGAGGAGGAGGACGACGAGCUGGCCCGCCGCUGCAGCUGCUUCAUGGCCUCGCCUGUGACCGACCUGCACGAGCUGCGGAGGAGGCCGGGCGACAUGAAGACCAAGAUGGAGCUGCUGAUCCUGGAGACCCAGGCCCAGGUGUGCCAGGCGCUGGCACAGGUGGACGGGGGCGCCCGCUUCUCUGUGGAUCGGUGGGAGAGGAAGGAAGGAGGUGGUGGCAUCAGCUGUGUACUUCAAGACGGGCAUGUUUUUGAAAAGGCCGGGGUGAGCAUUUCUGUCGUUCAUGGAAAUCUUUCUGAGGAAGCAGCAAAACAGAUGAGAAGCAGAGGAAAAAAGCUGAAGACGAAAGAUGGUAAAUUGCCGUUUUCUGCUAUGGGUGUGAGCUCUGUUAUCCACCCCAAGAACCCUCAUGCUCCUACUAUCCAUUUCAACUACAGAUACUUUGAAGUAGAAGAAGCCGACGGUAACAAGCAGUGGUGGUUUGGUGGUGGAUGUGACCUUACCCCAACAUACUUGAACCAAGAGGAUGCGGUGCAUUUUCACAGGACUCUAAAGGAGGCUUGUGACCAGCAUGGUCCAGAUCUCUACCCCAAAUUUAAAAAAUGGUGUGAUGAUUACUUUUUUAUAGCCCAUCGUGGGGAGCGGAGGGGCAUCGGGGGUAUCUUUUUUGAUGACCUUGACUCUCCAUCCAAGGAGGAGGUCUUUCGCUUUGUGCAGAGCUGUACCCAGGCUGUCAUUCCUUCUUAUAUCCCCCUUGUGAAAAAGCACUGUGAUGACUCCUUCACCCCCCGGGAGAAGUUGUGGCAGCAGCUCCGGAGAGGACGGUAUGUAGAAUUUAACCUGCUGUAUGAUCGGGGUACAAAGUUUGGCCUCUUCACUCCAGGAUCCAGGAUAGAAAGCAUCUUGAUGUCUUUACCUCUCACCGCCCGAUGGGAGUACAUGCAUUCACCCUCAGAGAACUCCAAAGAAGCUGAAAUUGUGGACGUUUUGCGCCGUCCGAGGGACUGGGUGCACUGAUGAAGGCAGAGAAGUCUUCCUAGGGUCUGGGGGACACACAGUGGGCCCCCUGCUCCGCUGGCUGGCACCACCGCCACUGUGUGGCACUUAGUUACCUGUGUCUCAGAGCUCCAGUCUUCUCCGCCCUGGAGUCUGCCUCCUUUCCUGCUGAAAUGUGUUUUAAGCACCACAAGCUUCCGCUGGAUGCUGUUGGUGAUGGGUGGUGAGGUGGCAGCUUGUCAGAGUCAAGUGGUUGAUGUAAAACUCAUUUAUACUUUUAGAAUCAUUUGAUAUGACUAGUUUACAAACAGUGACAAUUUCCAAGAAUUGGUUUAGGGGGUCUAAAUAUUAUAAUUUGUAUCAGGAAACUGCUCAUGUUAUUUUUGUCUCAUAUAUUUUUUAAAGAUUUAGUUUCAGCCACAAAAGUCUGUUGUGGGAUAAAUUUUAUGUUCAUUAAUUCAAUGAGAUUGAGACUAGUAAUUUUAGAAAGCAACUGGAAAUGAAAGUAAAAAUUUUACUUUGUCAUUACUGAAGUUUCUUUGAUCAUAAUCUUUAUAUAUCUUUCUCUAGAGAUCAUAAUAUUGUAAAAUAUUGACUUUUGUAAUGAUAGAUAUUUAGGAAUACUUGAAAUUUUCUUAAUCUCUGCAUGUGUUACAAUUCAGUGACUACCUAUAGUUAACUCUAAAGUGACAUCACUGUUAUUUAAACAAGGGAUAUCUAAGUUGUAAUUUUGAUUUUUGUAGAACUAUAAUUUGUUGAUGCUGAGAUUCUUUGCACUUUUGAAUGUGAAAGCUUAUACCCUUGGAUUCUGAUACUUAAAAAUUUCUAUUCCAGACAUUUCUGUAUGGAGGUUUAGACUAAGAACAAUCCUGGGGAUGUUGUGAAUUUAGGAAAUGAGAGACAUUUUCCUUCUCUAAUGAAAGCAGACAUAACUAGUGUAAGAAGCAUGUAGGCAUUUUAUAAAUGUAUUUCCUUGAAUAUGGACUAAUUGAAAUUGUCCUCUUUUUAAAUUAGAGAUUCUGCAACUCUUACCUUUGCUCUUAAGAGAAAAUCACAACAGAGUUCUCAAGACUUCUUUGUUCAUAUAAUAAUGUGAAUAUUUUAUUCAUAAUAUAUUGAAGUUUGUAAGGAAUGUUAUCUUCCUAUAUAUUAUUAAGCAUUAUCUUGGAAUAUGUUGAAUGUAUGAUCAUGUGUGACUCUGUAGAGCUGGAAAAUGUAUGAAUUCUUCAACUCUUACAACAGGUGUGCUGAUAAAUUUUAUUAUGAAAUAUGACUAAGAAA